CUUCAUUGUUUAUCACGAUCGGCACAUUUCGACGUUAUCGGCUUUCAUUUUUCUUCGCUCUUAUAAAGUGUAUAUAUACCGCUGUCUGUUGCUGUCCAGCAUCCGUAGACUGCCGUAUAAAGGCAUAGAAUUAAUAUUCGACUCGUCGACUCGAACUGACCCGAACGUACAUCGCUCAGAGUACGUCUGGAAAGUCACUGGCUAACAUAUAAUCGGCAACCGAUAACGACCUGUUACAUAAAUCGCUAUCAACAGCGAGAGAGAGGAAUCACAUCAGUGGUAGGAACACGUCUACUGUCAUCCAUGGCUGAGGCUCUGAAGACUCACAAAGUUAUUCCAGAUGUGGUGGAAACAGUACCCGCCAGCGUCCUGAAAGUAACCUACGAUGGUAAUAUCGUUGAGAUCGGCAAGGAGCUCACUCCAACUCAGGUCAAACUUCAGCCUAAUGUUGAAUGGGAGCCAGAGCCAAAUACAUUUUAUACUUUAUGCAUGACUGAUCCUGACGCUCCAAGCAGAAAGGAUCCUAAAAACCGUGAAUGGCAUCACUGGUUAGUAGGCAAUAUUCCUGGAUCGGAAGUAAAUAAAGGAAAGGUUCUGUCUGAAUACGUUGGUUCUGGACCUCCGAAGGAUUCGGGUCUCCAUCGAUAUGUAUUUUUGUUGUACAAACAGCCUAAAGAGCUCACUUUCAACGAGAAUUACUUAAGCAAUAAAAGUUCUAAAGAUCGUGCUAAGUUCUCCAUUAGUAAAUUUGCGGAGAAAUAUAAACUUGGCGAUCCAAUUGCAGGUAAUAUGUUCCAGGCGCAAUAUGAUGAUUAUGUACCGAUUCUCUACAAACAGCUUGGCGCUUAAUUCUGUACAUGCAUCAAUAAUAUAUAAUCAGUUACAAUAUGAUAUACAUAAAUUACGACAUGCAUUAUAUACAU